AUGGAUCGAAGGAGCGAUGCCGAAGACGUCGAGCAGACUUGUGGAAUAUGUGGAAAAGUGCUGGUUAACGUUCACCAGCUCAACGUUCAUCUAAUGGAGCAUGACGAUCGUCGUUGUUGUCCACAUUGUUUGCGGCCGUUUGCCUUAGCGCAACAACUGCUCUCACAUGUCUCUGAGGUACAUGCAGAG